AUGAAAGAAGAACAAAGCAGAAAGCGGAGAAGGGGGAAAAACAAGAAACCUCAAAAAACCCAACCAUCUUUGCUACCUAAACACUCAACAAAGCUUCACAAAAAGACCCAUCAACAAAAAAACCCUGCCCAUCAAUCUUCUUCUUCUUCUUCUUCCUUAAAAUCCUCUAGUUUUCUUGACAAGAUGAAAGCAAGGCUAGCUGGUGGGCAUUUUAGGAUGAUCAAUGAAAAGCUUUACACUUGCACUGGUAAAGAAGCACUGGACUAUUUCAAAGAAGACCCAGAAUUGUUUGACAUGUACCAUACAGGAUAUCAAGAGCAAAUGUCACAUUGGCCUGAGCUGCCAGUCAAUAUAAUCAUAAAAUGGCUGAAGGAACUUAGUUCUUCUUUGAUUGUAGCUGAUUUUGGAUGUGGUGACGCACGCCUUGCAAAAAAUGUGAAGAAUAAAGUUUUCUCGAUCGAUCUUGUCUCAAACGAUCCUUCAGUAAUUUCUUGUGAUAUGGCAAACACGCCACUUCGUCCUUCAUCAGUAGAUGUUGCUGUCUUUUGCCUUUCAUUGAUGGGGACGAACUAUGCUAGUUACCUUAAAGAAGCAUGUAGAGUUCUUAAGCCAAGUGGUUGGCUUUUGAUAGCAGAGGUAAAGAGCAGAUUUGAUCCAAAUAAUGGAGGAGCAGACCCAAAUAUGUUUUCAAAAGCUGUUUGUGAGAUGGGAUUUACUUCAGCAUUGAAGGAUUUCUCAAAUAAGAUGUUUGUUUUAUUAUACUUCAAGAAAAAGGAAAACCAAAGUUCACAUGGGAGAGAAAUUGAAUGGCCAGAGUUGAAGCCUUGUAUAUACAAGCGUCGUUGAGAUUAACCUGUUCUUUUAUUUGCUUUGAUAAGUCACUUGUUGUCAAUCAUAGAUCCACUUUAAUGUAAUUUUAGGCCACAUUUUAGCAACUGUUUUUGUUCAUUGUUAUCAUUUUUAUUUGAGACGAUCAAAGAACAAGGCAUGAUCAUUUCAUGA